UUGUCUGACACAGAUUAUGGUGCAUCCUCUGUGCAAAAUUAUAAAAACUGAUAUUGAUGUUGAAUGAAAAUAUUUAUACAGAAUAUCUCUUCCUGUGGCAAAACAGUCUUCCUAGUUGGCUUACAAAUUGACUUCAUGAAUGAACAGAUCUAUUGUUAAACAGAAAACCUGAAGGAACAUUAAUGGCUUUAUCUCUCUUGGUUGUAGAAUGACCACCAAUACAACUGUUCUCCAUUAUGCCCGUUCUGAGGUCUCAAACCACCAUGAGAACACUAUAGUGGACACUGAAGCUAUUAUGAAAGAAGUCAACAUUGUUUUCCUCACCAUCAUCAUUCUCUUCGGCACCACUGGGAACUCUGUGGUCAUCUGGGUUGCCGGCUUCCGCAUGAAUCCCAGUGACCUGAUUUUCUGUCUGACACGAGUCACUUCACUCAUCAGAGAUCUUUUCUUUAACCGCUGGCCUUUUGGGGUCUUUCUCUGUAAAUUCACUGGCUUCUUCAAGUACGCCAACAUGUUCUGCAGUGUUUUUCUUCUGGCUGUCAUCAGUGUGGAUCGAGCGCUUUGCAUUUGCCGUCCAGUGUUCACCAGGAAACGACGGACGUUAUGUGCUGCUCGUGUGGUCAGUGUGGGAGUUUGGAUUUUGGCUGUGAUCUUUAGUUCACCAUACUUUGUGUACCGACAGGUCUUCCCAGAAAAGAACUUAAGCCAAUGCUCAGUGAAGGAAGACGGAGCAGCAGAGGGUGGCAAUUCAGCAACAUAUGUCUACUACUACAAUCGUUUCAUCUGUGGAUUCCUAUUGCCCUUCCUGGUCAUCCUUAUCUGUUACAUACUAGCUGCUGUUGGGAUACGCAGAACGCGGCUCUCUGGCAAAUCGAGGCCUCUUCGGAUUCUUGCUGUACUGGUCUGUGCCUUUUUCCUAUGUUGGGCCCCCUACCACUUUCUAGGACUGGUCAAGUUGGUGCAUAAAGACAACAUGGCAGUAAAAAUAGCAUGGAGUAUGGCUUCAAACUUAGCUUAUUUCAACAGCUGCAUUAACCCAUUGCUGUACUUCUGCAUGGGACUGGAUGUUAGACGACACUGCAACCAAAACCUGUUAGGGAUUUUUCAUAGAGCUCUUAUGGAGGAAAGUCACUUUCUCCAGUCCCAGGAACGCACAAGGAACGAAAGCUGUAAUUCCAUUCCAAAGACAGCAGACACUGAGUGUAUGACUAAUGUUUAACACAAAUUAGUUUGAAGCAAACUUUUUCAUGUUAUUUGCUGUUUGCAUUUUCUACAGUUUCAAUUUGAAGACAUACAAAAUGGAAAUCAUUACAA